ACACCGCGUCCCUCACGAUCACGAUGGCACUAGAAACGGCAGACCGAGUCAUCGGCAAGUUGUGUGAGCUAUGGGCACAAAUUUACGACAGCCACUCGUCGGUAGACAUUUACCAGCGAAAAGCGGAGAUUGAGCAGUUCCUCGAAGGAUUCAACCAGCUUACCGAGGGAGAUCGCUUACAUCUCGAUCGUAGGAACCGGUACGAGAACAUCUCAUCCGCCUUAUCACGGCAGCUACUGCUGUUGAUAUACGAAAUCUGUGAUCCCACCGUAAAACGGUACGCUCGCGUUGAUGCAACGUCCGGGGCGGAAGGAACGCCCAAUGGUAACUCCUCCACUGUUCCUCCACAUGACGAUGUGGCCCCUGAGACGGAGAAAUGUAACUCCAAGCUAGACAGCAACUCAAAUGAGGAAGAGGUUGAAUUACCCGCUCAUGCGGAGGAUAGCAGCGAAAGUCGUUGCCAGUGGUUGAAGGAUUUCUUUCUCAAUGGAAUCGGUGGUCUGUUACUAAGGACGCUCUCCAAAAUUGGUGCCAAAGACAUUGCAAAUAGUCGGGAGAUAGCUGCCGUUUUGGUACGAAUUCUACCGACAACGAAGUGGAACACGGAACCCUAUCCUACCAUCGUGCCGUUACAAUUGCCACAAGGAUACGGGCAGUUUCUACGAACGGUUUUAAAAAUGCGUACCUACAACAGUGAAUGGCAUCGCGAUAGCAUUAAGCGCAGCACACAGAACAGAUCAGCACAGCAAUCGACGGCGUUUAUGCGCCAGCUGAGUGGUCCUAACACAUUCGCCUCUACAGUCGACUAUUCCAAGGCGGCACAGCACUUGCACCGUAGCCCGAUCAGCGAAUCAGCGAAAACACUUACGCAAGACGAGUUUACGCUGACCGUACUAAACCUGCUGGAAAGUUUGAUCGUACACGAAAAUGUGCUUACCAUCGAUGAGAACUCCGUAACUGUGUCCUGUUUGCGCGUUGCGCUGGAACAAUUAAAACGCCAGGAACGUUUCGAAGAAAGCAUGGACAAUCGGUUCGUUAUACGUCACAAACUGCUUGGUUUGGUGAUGCUGUGCCUGAACAACAUGUUUUUUCUGCAAACGCUCGAUUCAAACGAUCUCAGCCUGCGCACAGUUGCUACGGAUAUGGUCCAGUUGCUAAAGGAAGAACUACGCGACCAAAGCUUCGAUGCGCUUUCGACCGAGUUUACGUACAAUCUCAUCUACACAAUUGUUUCCGCGGGAAAUCAAUCGUUUCUGCAUUUUUGCGACAGCGUUGUUAGUGAGCAACUGUUUUUGACGAUAUUUAAACUGCUGGAAAGUAAUCUCGACAUUGUGAAGCAUACGUACAGCUUCCUGCAGCUCGGUUCGCGGUAUGGUGCGAUCGGUAAUAACAACAGUGUCGUGCUACCGUGGAUGCAAACGAUCCACACGUGCUCUUCUGGGUUAAUUGAAAUACUGAUUACGAUGUUGCAAAAUUUCAUCUAUGCCCUUGCACCUACUAGAGGCAGCUGCAGAAGAACGCGCAAAAGCCGGUUCCGGUUGCAUCAUUCCCGGCAGGACGCACGGCACGGAUAUGUGUGUGCACUGGAGAAUCUGUUGCUAAACUUGUUCCCCCAAGUAAAGCACACCGACCAACGGUUAAUGGUGAACUUCUUCAAGGUGUAUCAACUAUGCUGUUGCAACACGAACGCACACACGCUUGAGGUGCUAAUGAAGCUUUCGAACGAUGAGCUAAUACCGAAGUUGCGGCUUAACUUUGCGAGCCGUGCCGUCGUACAUGCGAUUUUCAACCGAUCGCAGUGCGAAACGUGCGAAUCGGACCAUGCGGCCAAUACGUUCUACGAGCAGUUCUGUCGCACCCACCGGGAGGUGUUUGGUGAGUUCAAACGAACAGAGAAUCGUUCGCGCAUGCCAACGUUUUUGCGAUAUCUGCUCGAUAUUGCACGCGUUAUUCCGUACCGGUUGCGAUCGUUUAUACUACAGGAGUUGGUACAAAAGCAGCUGCACAGUGAAUUGCAUCGUUUGAUCGAAAGGCCGGAGUCGGAGCAGCUCGUCCACGCAUCAUCCAUCGAAGAUGAUGGUUGGAAAGAGAUCGUUAAUGCGUGUUUGUUGAUCAUCUGUCGAGUUGUCGCGAAACAGGAGCAACGGGAAAUGAAUUUGUUUUACCGAGAGGAAAAUCUAGAACUAUUGCGUGUUCUUAGCGGGCGUGUCGAGUUCGCACACAGUAUGCACCUGAUCAUGACCACAGGCAUUCGGAAUGAAUCGUUACCCGAGGAGUUUGUGAAGAAAUUGGUCGAAAUGCUUUUCGAUCACUUGGAUGAACAGAUCAGCUGUAUGGGAAGCCUUUUUGCAAUGAUUUCCGACAGUAAGGUAGGCAUUUCGCUUAAACCUAUUAGUAAAACUGUGACAACAACUAGGCAACGAUGUACAAUUCCACUAGAAACGAUGCUCCAAUUACAUCUGGAGCACUGGAAAACAGUUCGUCAGUUGCUGAAGGAAAGUGAACGUUUCCGAAAGCAAUUCUUGCAACGAUACGAUGGGGUAACUGGAGUCAAGAACUGCCUGGAGCUAGUGCACAACCUUGCUAGCAUCUGUCUUUUCCACAGUAGCUCUAUUACUUCGCAUGAACCGGAAGCAUUAGUCACCGAACCACCUUCUCCAUUCACUUCGAACGACACUGAAAAUAUUCAAAACUUUCUAUUCGAACCGGAACGUAAAAGCGUACUUAAUAUCUUUCAUUUCAAUGAUCAACUUUUGGACGGUUCGUUGUCUAGCGCAAGCCUGCACUACAGUGCUACCGGAGAUUUAAACAACAUACAUCGAGUAGGUGCGGAACGCACUACACCGACUAGCGGUUGGAUGGAAGAGGAAGACGAUUAUUCUUUCUUGCGUGAACUGCAACUUGCCACGAUCAAUGACGAAUUCCAAAGGGAAUUUUUGUCCCCAGCCGGUCAAUCAGCUAGUGUCACCAGCAAACUGGAAAAGAAAUGGUCCCUAUCGGAGCUGUUCAACAUACGCCAGAUCCUUAGCCAGCUGAUGGAAGAUAUUCUUGGCGGUGCGGACUCCGGCCAGCGUGACUCAAUGGCAAUCGAACGACGCCUAAUGGCUUUGCCACUGGAGGCAAGAAAGCUGCUAACAGAUCCAGGAAAUUCAAUUAUUAAGAAAAAGUUAACAAACCUACUCGAAACCAUAAUGGCCUCGAUGCAGCUGCUUACGAAUGGCUUAACCGAUUGUGCUGAUGAAUGUGAAAGCCUAAAACCGGAGUUUGCAAACACGAUGCAGGUUGCGUUAAUCGAAUUAAAAAAACUAUUGUUGAACUGUGCUACGAAGGACUGGGACUGUCCCAACACGGCUAACAAUGUUAUCAAUGUGCUACACGCGCUACUAAAAGUGGCAGAAAUGCGCAAAGAAUCAACCCAAUCAGUAAACUUUAUGCGGCAGGAAAUCGAUUCCGGACGGGAAAGGAGUCAUUACGCCAAAAUGUCGCUGCAGGAGGAUGAGAUCGAUUUGUUAACGGUGCCACUGUACCAUGACGAUGAGACCGAUGAUUUAAGCUCGACGGAUGAUUCCUAUACAACGGCACGUGAAGAUGGGUACGAAGGAGAUGUUGAAAUCGACCAUUACUGUCCAACAGAACUCAGCACAAGGAAAGACACAGUUGGCGGAAUGAAACUGUGCACCACAAACCGUUUGGCGAACGAACAAAUCUGCACGAUCGUGACGGAGAUUCUGGUAGAACUUUCGGGCCGCUGUGUGGAGCGUCCCGAACACUGGUGCCCCAUACUGGCACAGAUGGUCGUGAAGCUAAACAUCAUACGCAACCAUCUCGGAGGUUCGCUGUAUCUCAUCCGUGGGUUUGCAACGGUGCUGCAAACAAGUGACGGACGGCUAAAGGAACUUCAGGCGGCCAUCGUUGAUUUGAUCGUAGAUCUGGACGUCCCUGAGGUGUUGAUCAAGUUCAUGCAACUGUUGAGCCAUAAAGAUCCCCCGGUUCAAUUGAUUCUUACCAAGCUAACGAAUCUGUUCGAAGCCGGUUCCGGUGUGGAAUGCUAUCAGUGUGUGCAAUUCCCAGUGCUGCACGCUGAUCGCACAUUUACUUCCUCAAGCGAUGUACUGUUGGCCAAGAAAAUUACCUUCCUGCGGGAGCAUCAUUUGUGUUUCAAUGUACACAGCGGCUUCACCGAUGCAUCCACAAUCGUACCAAUGAAUUAUGCAAACUUUUAUCCUUGGCACGGGAACGGAUUUACCGUGUCGGCUUGGGUUCGGGUGACACAGCUCACGGAUCGUCAGCAAACCGACUUUACGCACCUACUGUCCGUGGGCAGCGAGAAGCAAAUGUUGUCGAUAUAUUUUAACACCCAGCGUCAACUGGUGGUACGCUACAGUAAGCCGGAUUGUCUCAUAACACCCAGCAACACGAAACAGUAUCUCAGCAAAGCAAUCAGCAGAACGGAGUGCUGCGAUAAUUGUGCCAAAGAAAUGCAACACUUGUGGAUGUACAAACAUUUACUGCGUGGGAUUACUGAUGCUUCAUCACAAACGUUCAUGAUUGAUACACCACGUGCUCAAUGUGUGUAUUGCUUCAAGCAGCUACCCGUCGGACAGGGACGGAAGGAUUCGAUCGAGCAAGGCAUCGGGUUGACCCCAUCGAAGCGGGUAGACAAUGCGACGAUCGAUGUGAAUCUACGCCAGUGUACGGUUGGGCAGGAUUGGUGCGUACCAGAAGGUUGUUGGUCGAUGCUAACCUUCGCCGUGCAGCAGAACGAUGAUGAUGUCCAGGUUACGGUCACGUAUGAUGGUGUGCAGCAGUUGGCACAGUUUUCGCUCCCGAAUCCCUGCAAGAUACACAUCGAUACGGACCUAACCUUGCUCACCGUAGGCCAUCGGUCCAGUGAAUUGAACGAAUGUUCGGUCGGGUAUGGGUUUGCAGGUGUUCACCUGUUCAGCCGAUGCAUUACGGACGAAGCCGUGUUGGCAAAUCUGUACGCAAUCGGGCCAAAUGUUACGAGCUUUGUAGCGUUCGCCACCGGUUACAUGAUUCCUAAUUAUGGCACGCUAAACUUAUCCAAACUGUCCGUUAACGAUCUACGCAUGGUUGGUUCGCUGCAACUCCUGGAGCGGACUCACGUCGGGUACUUCACUCCCAACAAAAUGGAUUCGUUUGUGGGACGCCAUCAGAACCUUGGUCUCAUGUCGUAUGCCGGCAAUAUAAAAGCGAUGGAGAUUGAAUCCCUGCAGCGAUCGUUACUGAUCGCUGGCGGUAUUUCCGUGAUGCUCGUGUACUUCGCCCGUGUGGUAGAGAUAAGCGAUACACCGGCUCUACACGUUGCCGCGCUCAAGUUGCUGCUACGCGUCGCCCAUUCUAAUCAAGAUUUCUUCAACGAAUUCGUACAGUGUAACUAUCUCGAACUGAUCGGAGUGGUGCUGAAGAGCAAAAAGUGCCACAAAGAUAUUGCACUGCUGACGGCACUGUUGGAGUUGGCAUUUGACCAACCAAUCGUGGCAAAGCGUGGCGAUCACUACCGCGUACUGGCAACUUCAUCUGCCCGCAUUCGCUACCCUGGCAUGAUAACGUUCCUGUUGGAAAACUUUCAAAUCUGGAUCGAUCAGUCGGAGGAAGUGCUCGAUCUUCUGCUAUCCGCGCUGGCUGCUGCCACACGCGAUAAACACCCGGGCAUGAUGUACAACUGCCAGCGCUUGCAGGACGCUUCGCUCGUGUCGGCCCUGAUCGAUUUUUGUCGCGUAAACUUCGUUAUUCCGGCAAAAACGGUAAAAAUCUCACGCAAAGCAGCGGAUUUGCUCGUUUCGCUGAUAGCGAUCCUGUCUUCCACACCGCCAAAGGUGGCACUGUUGAAUGAAAUCAUGGAGCUGUUGCUGCUGAUGCACAAGCCCACCGAUAGCUACGUGACGCAUGAUCGUCAAAAGUUUUACUUCAACAUUAGCCCGAAUCAGUUCGGGGGUGGUGGGAAACGCAGUGACCGGACGGUUACGAGCAGUAGUGGCGCUAGCAGUGGACCAACAACGCCUAAGAUGCAGCUAAGAGAUCGUCGUCUUCGGCCACAGUCGCAGCUACGCAAAAUCAUACCACUUACGAUCGGUGGAAGCAGUUCGCUCGACUCAGCAACAACGAGCUUCAUUAUAGAUGCCAGCCAGACCGCUUCGACGAAUCCGAACAGCAGCACUGGGACGACGGUGUCGACCGAUGAGAAGCAUCGCAGUCCAGUAGCGAAUGCACCGAAAAGUCCCAAACUUAACUCUCCUGAUGGUGGUGCGGGUAGUGAGGAAUACUACGAAAAGCUUAACAUUGCCAUUGCCGAAGGUAAGCUGAGGCGUAAAAGUUUGCUCGACAGUAUCGACAAACGUGGAAACGGAAAGCGAAAGUUAAGACGAUUGAAAAGCUCACCCAAUAUAAGAGCAACCUCCGGCAGCAGAAAGAAACAAAUCGGAUCACCAAGGAUUGCCGCCAGCGGAUCACCGAGAGCAUGCCCACGGAAUGAUCUAAACCGGAUCAGUGGGCAGCAUCAAAAUCAAUCACAAAGCGCCCCAACCUCCUCGUCAUCGUCCGCAACGUCCGCCACGAUUCGGUACAAAUUUUUCGAGCAAAACUAUUUCGCCACCGGGAAUGACUUUUUGCAGGAAAGUUUCCUGCGCAUCAUGUGCGACUUUCUGCUCAUUCUGCCCGACCGGGAUGCGUGUAAGUUCUUGAGUGGCGAAAACCGAAUCCUCGAAACGAUGCUCAUCCUGGCGAAUAAUGGUAACAUUCGCAUUCGCACCAUGCUGCUCAAUUUGGUGGCGGUAAUUGAUGAUCGGAUUGAUAGUGCCAGGAUGGGUGGUAGUAGCCCUAAUGGGAAUGCCUUGGGUCAAUCUGGUGGCGGUGUGUUAUUGCAGCAGUACAGCGAAGAACAGUCGAAGGUGUUUUGGUACCAUCUGGCUAAUCAGAUCGGGACGCACAGUGUCAAUGCAGAGCUGCUCGGUAGCUGCUAUCGGUGGAUCACGAAAUCGCACACACCGCUAGCGAUGGAUCGAGGCGAAGAUCAUCCGUUGGCGACGUUAUUGCACGAAGGUUCGGUGGAAGUGGUGCGCGAAAAUGGUCUGAACGUGUUAAUAGCGAUCCUCAUACAGGCACACGUCGAUCCAACGCUGUUUCGCAGUGUGCUGCACGUGAUUGAGUACAUCUGUACGAAGCAUCGUCGCCGUGCCGGUCAGCAUAUGAUCGAUAACGGGCUCGUGUGGGCACUGGUCAAAACGGCUGCCAAGAUGAACGAAAAGGAAGAACUCGUCCAAGAGGAAAGCCGAACCUACUUGGUUGAGUUUUUGACCAGCUUUUCGCAUCUAAUGAUAUUGAGCAAUGUCGCUAAUCCUUUUUGGGAUUUAUUAAACGGGUUAACGGUUGCGCAAAAGCACAAAAACGAACGUGUUACGAAAGCGGUACGUGAUCUUCAUGCAGCAUUACUACGCAAUGUGCUCCAAAUAUUUAUCUUUCGACCAAAGCAGUCAAUCAUUGGCAACAAGAAUACUUCUUUCACCGUCGAGCUGGUAGGAUGUAAUCUCUCGAAAGCUGAAAUAAAGACACGUUUCAACCGACUGCACGAUAAGGCAAUACAAUUCGUCACCAACAGUGAUCCCGAAAGCGAUCUCUCCGAUGCAGAAAUGGCUCUCGUUCGGCACUUGAUGAAUCGUACAUUGAAUGGUAAUCCGCGUGGUGGAAAUAUUAUCCUUUGGUGCCUUUUGCCAAAACGUACGAUUCGGCUGAAAAUCUACACCAUCCGACAGCUGGGACACUAUCUGGAGAGUGGUGGCAACCAUCUGUCGGCGAUCUGUGACGUGAAAAUGUUGAAGGUGUUUGUCCAGAGCAUACUGCUGCUUAAUCAAAAGCACAUCCCGCUGGAAGAUUUGCGACUGGUAAAUACGUUCUAUCAAACCAUUGAUGGCGGUUUGGCGCACGGUGCCAGCUGGAACUUGACGCAGACGUUAAAAGAUUUCGAAUAUUUGCGAGCGAUCAGUAUGAAUGAUCAAGAGCAAACGAUAAUGAAAUCGAUCGCACGGCAAGAGAAGCUAAUCUACUCGUGUACGGUAGCGGCUAUGCAAAUAACACGCAAUAGCGUCGAGAAGCAGAAUCGGCUGCGUAAGGAGCUGAUUAUACAGCUUCGGAAAGAUAACGAUUAUCGAUUUUACGACCAAUGGCACCAGUUGGUAGGACGGAUGACGCACGAAGAUGCACCGUGGUACGCUGCCCGGCAUUACCCGAACUCUUGGGAGCUGGACGACACAUUCGGGCCGGAUAUGGCGUUGAAACGAAUGCGCCGCUGCCAGAUGACUAUCGAUCGUCGAUUUUUGCUAAAGGAAUCAAUGCCGGAAAAUAGAGAUGAACAAGAAAAUGAACGUGAACGCAAACCCUUGCUGGCGUAUCUUUUCUCGAACGACUUCCGUCAUGAGUAUUCGGUCGAGGAUCAGGUACUGUACACGUUCACCGUGCGCAAAAGUUCCCCCAGCCGUGAGCUGGAGUGUGAGUGUAUAAUAACGAGCACAGAAUUGGUGCUGAAACCGUACGAAGCCGGUGAGCUAGAGAUAUACGACUUGCACGACAUUACCAAGAUAUGGACGAAGCGUUUCGAGCAUCAAGAAUCUGCGGUGGAGGUGUUUCUCAAGUGCGGAAAGUCACUGUUCAUUGUGUUCGAGCGCGACCCAAGCGAAAGAGAUACAUUUGAAGGAUUUUUCCACGAUCUUGUGGUACGGUGUGGUCGGCAAGAGUUGGACCAACACACACAGCAGUGGCGCGAAGGUGCGCUCUCGAACUGGGAGUACCUGAUGCUGCUAAAUCAAAUCUCCGGCCGAACGUACCACGAUCUCAUGCAGUAUCCCGUGUUUCCCUGGGUACUGGCUAACUAUGACACUAGGACGCUCGAUCUUCUGGCCGAACGAAGUUUCCGUCUACUGGAGAAGCCUAUCGCGGUUCAGCAUCGUGAGUUGGAAAAACAUUACAUCAACAACUACAACCACUUACGCCAGGCGGAGAGUGGCGAUCCCGAUGGUGGACGACGAAAGAUUCAACCGUACCAUUACAGUUCACACUACUCCAAUUCCGGCACGGUGCUUCACUUUUUGGUGCGUGUCCUGCCGUUUACAUCCCUGUUUCUUCAGUAUCAAGACGAUAGCUUCGACAUACCGGAUCGAACAUUUCAUUCGCUGCAAACGACGUGGAAUCUGGCGAGCAAGGAUUCGCCGACGGAUGUGAAAGAGCUGAUACCGGAAUUUUUCACCUUCCCCGAGUUCCUCGAAAAUCAGGAAGGUUUCGAUUUUGGCACAAGACAGUCGGGAGAACCGGUAAAUCACGUCGAGCUGCCCGCAUGGUGCAACGGGUCGGCACGUUUGUUCGUGCUGAUACAUCGGCAGGCACUGGAGGCAAACAUUGUGCGCCGACAGCUCAGCCAUUGGAUUGAUUUAAUCUUCGGGUACAAGCAGACGGGCCAGGCAGCGAUAGAUGCUAUCAACGUGUUCCAUCCGGCGACGUACUGUGAUUUUACGGCGGCCGAUAUUGACGAUCCGGUCAUGAAGCUCGCUCUCGAAACGAUGGUUAAAACGUACGGACAGAUGCCGCGUCGUCUAUUUGACACGGCUCAUCCUCCGCCGGCAAUGAAUCCGCUGCUAGCGAAUCCUCCCAAAGUGUUGGAAACUGUCGUUGGACUGCGGUGGGGAUUGUACUGUGGCAGUCCCAUACUGGCCGAUCCAAAGCUCGUUGACGUGUGGGAAAAGCUAUCGAAGGAAUUGUUGGGAGUAGAGAGAGGCACACUACAACCGGCUUCAUUAGUUACACUGGAUGGACAAAAGGUAUACGUCUUGCCAGAAAAGAUGAAUGUCUUUUGUGCGACAAUACAGGGAACAGGAGCAAAAAAGCAGUAUACCAUCAGCUGGGGUGAAACGGAUGAUCGGUUAAGGAUACGGUUGCUCCAGGAUAGUGGCCCAACAGAACGGUCGAGAGAAAUGUUUUACGGUAGUAGUAGCUUUGCCUACGAUCCAAUCACGGCCUGCGGUACGGAUCCACACUGUACGAGUAUCUUUUUUGGGCACCGUUCCGGGCGCAUCGUCGUGUUUCAACAACGUUCCCGCAGAAGACGUGUUUCGUUCUUCAAUCAGAAUAUGCAACCGGCCGUAACGAUGAUGUCACGAUCGCGAUCAAGCUCGUUCCGGCGAUGGAUCGAUCGGAAGAGUGCCAAUUUGCGGCGUCGGUUGGAAAUGGAUCCGGACGAACAGCAGCAACAAGCACAGGCCGAACAACGGCUAUCGGAUGACGAUCAGAUGGAGUGGACAUAUCCGAUACAGUUGCUCAAACAUCGUGCACCGAUCAGUGCGAUUCGUGUAUCGAUGGAGUACAAGAUCGUUGUGAGCGUGUCGAUUGAUGGGUGCGCUACCAUAUGGGAUUUGAACAGUUUGAUGUACGUGCGCGAAAUACCCCGACCGGUCAAUAUGUUGCAUUCGAUGAUCAGUCAAAUCGCUAUCAGUCCGACGUUGGGCGAUAUUGUGCUAGUACACUCUGCCAAUGCCAGUCGAGGUCGUUCGUUUGGGGGACCAGAAUCAUGGAGCAGUGCAACACUGGUAGAGGACGACGAUAGUUUCGAGGUGACGGAAAAUUAUAAUGCGGACUAUGUGAACGUCACGAUGGGUACGAAUCGUCGCGACCAGUUGCGCCUGUAUACAGUGAAUGCGCAAUACAUUGAGCACGUGUUCGUCGAAAGUCCGAUACAAGCGAUAACGUACUCUUCGAUCAAAGAAGGCUGCGGUGUGAAUUGUAUCGCAGUCGCACUCGAGAGCGGUAUUGUGCGGUUUUACUCAAGCUGGAAUCUUGCACUUCUACGUGAGAUUAACGUCGAACCGAACGGGAUCAAGUGUGCCCUUUUUUCUAAGUAUCAACAUCUGCUGCUACUCACAGCAAACAAUACCGUUCAGACGUGGACAGCCGAAGGUCUUCCCGGUGUUUUGCCAAGUAUACAGGAACCAUAUCAAUACGGUGUUUAAGUGAUCGAAGGAAGCGUUGAAACGAGCAUGAAUUGGGCUGAAGUUAUUUACGUUCCCGUAACAACUUGUAAUAUUUGUUGGGUAGUAUGUAUAUUGUUAAGUGUUAAUGUUUGUUUUUCAAUACUAUUACAGCUGCAAUACGUAUCAAUUGGAUAAUGUUAAGAAUGAAAGUAAAACUAAAGAAGUACAGUUCUAUCGCAUUGG